GUCCACUUCUCCAUGGCCAUUCCACUCGAGCGGCCGGUAGAGGGCGAGACGACGCUUUGGCGUUUCUCUAUGGCGACGGACCCCGCCGAUGCCUCGUCUAAGGAGGAAGUACUGCAGGAGGCGAAUCUGGCCAGCCUGUUGGAGCAUUAUAUGGUGGGACCGAGGCCGCUGCAGUACGAGGUAGUCCGCAAGACCGUCUACCGACUCCACCAGCGGCUAUCAAAUACCAUGGCGACGGGACGAUGUGCGCUGAUAGGUGAUGCCGCGCAUUUAAAUAACCUUGUCGGUGCGCUUGGCUUCUCGACAGGCCUCCUCGAUGCUGAGGCCCUGGCAACGACAAUCAAGAUGAUCCUGCGUGAAGGCAGCCCCCUCUCGCUAUUAACCACCUACUCGGAUGCGCGCCGACAGGUAUUCCAAUCGUUCGUAUUGCCAACCAGCACCGCAAACAAGCUACGCAUCCAACAGGAUCCCGCCGCGGCUGACGAGGACUGGAUGAUACGCAUGAUGCAGAACCCGACGCCCGCAGUGCUACGCGAGUUCACCAUGCCCUAUUUAACGGUAUGGAGGACAGAUAUGCGC